GUGGCGUGUCUGGGUGGCUCUGAGUUAGCCGGUUUGUACGGUCAAAAAUGGCGGAUACGUUGACGCUUUUCGCUUCCAUUGGACUCAGUGAGCAGAAAGCAAAAGAAACCCUUAAAAAUGAAGCGCUGAGUUCUGCCCUGAAGGACGCAAUUGUUCAGGCUCAAAAUGUCUGUGGUGCAUCAGGAGUGGACAAGGCUAUGGGUACUUUGCUGUACAGUAUGACGUCUCGCCUUAAAGACACCAAACGCCUGGCAUUCCUUUCUGGCAGCAUAGCCCAGUCCAAAAUCUGCACGGAGCUGCAGCUUGCAGCUGCACUGGACUUUGUUAAGGGCCAUCCUCAGGACCCCAUCAACCAGAGGGAGUUUGAAGAGGCAUGCGGAGUAGGCGUGGUCAUCACACCGGAGCAGAUCGAGGAUGCAGUGGAGAAGGUGAUCAAGAAGCACAAGGAACAGCUGUUAAAGGAGCGGUACCGCUUCAACAUGGGACUGCUAAUGGGAGAGGCACGUGCUGCUCUGAAAUGGGCGGAUGGAAAAGUCAUUAAAAAUGAGGUGGACAUGCAGGUGCUACACCUGUUAGGACCCAAGACAGAGGCUGACCUGGAGAAGAAGCCUAAGCCCCAGAAAGCGAAAGUAGCAGAGAAUGAGUCCAAGGUGAAGAAAGAGGAGGUGGCAGUGAACGGUGGGGCGGUGACAGGGGAGGUAAAGUCACUGAUGGAGCAGCUCAGAGGAGAGGCGCUGAAGUUCCAUAAACCAGGAGAGAAUUACAAAACUGAGGGUUAUGUGGUCACACCAAACACAAUGAACUUGCUCAAAAAGCACCUGGAGAUCACUGGUGGACAGAUACAUACUCGUUUCCCUCCUGAGCCCAACGGUAUCCUUCACAUCGGACAUGCCAAAGCUAUCAACUUCAACUUUGGCUAUGCAAAGGCAAACAACGGGAUUUGUUUCUUGAGGUACGAUGACACAAAUCCAGAGAAAGAGGAGGAGAAAUACUUCACCGCUAUCAAAGACAUGGUGGAGUGGCUUGGCUAUGAACCUCACGCUGUCACGCACGCAUCAGACAACUUCCAGCAACUCUAUGAUCUUGCCGUGGAUCUCAUUCGAAGGGGUCAUGCAUAUGUGUGCCACCAGAAGGGGGAGGAACUGAAGGGCUACAACUCCCCUCCAUCCCCGUGGAGGGACAGACCCAUCGAGGAGUCUCUGGUGUUGUUUGAGCGGAUGAAGAAGGGCAUGUUUGCGGAGGGAGAGGCUACGCUCAGGAUGAAGAUGGUCAUGGAGGACGGGAAGACGGACCCCGUGGCGUACAGAAUUAAAUACACGCCACACCAUCGGACAGGAGAUGAAUGGUGCAUCUACCCUACCUAUGACUACACCCACUGUCUGUGUGACUCUAUUGAAAACAUCACACACUCACUCUGUACCAAAGAAUUCCAGGCCAGGCGUUCAUCAUAUUUCUGGCUGUGUAAUGCUCUGGAUGUGUACUGCCCCGUGCAGUGGGAGUACGGGCGUUUGAACCUCACCUACACUGUGGUGUCCAAGAGGAAAAUCAUCAAACUGGUUGAGGCUGGCGCUGUCAGAGACUGGGAUGACCCCAGACUCUUCACUCUGACCGCACUAAAGAGAAGAGGUUUCCCCCCUGAAGCCAUCAACAACUUCUGUGCGCGGGUCGGAGUCACGGUGUCUCAGACGACAACGGAGCCCCACCUUCUGGAGUCGUGUGUGAGGGACGUGCUGAACGAAACUGCCGCCAGAGCCAUGGCUGUGCUGGAGCCACUCAAAGUCACCAUAACUAACCUUCCUGAAAACUCGCGGUCAGAUGUACGGGUACCAGACUUCCCUGCCGAUGAGUCAAGGGGCAGCCACACGGUUCCAUUCACACGGACAAUCUUCAUUGAACAGAGUGAUUUCAGAGAGGUGAUGGAGAAGGGCUACAAGCGUCUGACACCGGAUCAGUCUGUCGGUCUGAGGCAUGCCGGAUAUGUCAUCUCUGUCCAGAAAGUCAUCAAGGACGCUCAGGGCAAAGUGGUUGAACUGGAGGUGACCUGCUGCAACUCUGACGCUGCGGAGAAACCAAAGGCCUUCAUCCACUGGGUCAGCCAGCCGCUGGUGUGUGAAGUGCGUCUCUAUGAAAGACUAUUCCUGCACAAAAAUCCAGAAGAUCCAUCUGAAGUGCCCAGUGGCUUCCUGACUGACAUAAACCCUAAUUCCCUGCAUACCAUCAGCAGUGCCUUAGUGGAGACCUCGGUCAAAGGAGCUAAAGUGUUUGACAAAUUCCAGUUUGAGAGAGUUGGCUACUUCUCCCUGGACCCUGACAGCACUUCAGACAAGCUUGUCUUCAACAGAACAGUCACCCUCAAAGAAGACCCCGGGAAGAUCUGAUGAGCUGAGAUCAAGCUGCACUUCUUGCUUCCCAUGAGCCCACAGAUACAUGUCCAAAUUAUUUGCAUCACUUUAUGUGUAAUAUCAGCAGGCACACAGACUACUAUGUUUGAGAUUGGGAUGGAUCAGUUACUGUAAUAAUUACAUGUUGAAUGUAUCACUUUGCUCAAUCUUAAAUUUGCUCAGUCAGUGUCAGUGUCUGUUUGAGUCUUACAUGCUGCAGUUACAUUCACUUGCCUUGUUUCUUCUUUGUUGAAUAUAUACAACCUUGGACACCAUUGUUCAACAAAGAUGUCCUGUAUGUUAAUUUGAUAUUAACAUACAGGAUUUAAUAUUGACUCCAGGCUGAUCUUACACAGAGGAGAUGCUCUCAAAUGCCAUACAUGGCUUUUUUGAAAAGGUGGUGAGACACUGCCAAACCAUUCUGUGUUUUUAAUACUCAAGGGAUUACCAUCUGUCCUUUUGACAGGAGUUCAGAAUAAAUCAUAUUUAAAGAAUA